CAGAUUCACUCCAUUAUAAAAGCAGGUGCACUUUCCAUAUUCCCUACAGCCCCUGGUGAACUCCUCAGAUCACUGUGGUUGUGAAGCCAUGAUCAUGAAUUUGAUGGCUAUUUGCAUUGUGAUGUUGGCCUUGUUUGGCAGCUUCUGUGAUGCUCAGGGUUUUGGAAAACCUGGGUUUCCUCCCAAACAACCACCUCAGCAAACCCAACAAUUUGAGACAUUUGAGAAAGAACUCACCUGGAAAUACCCUGAUGAACCCAAGCCUGACCCCAAGCCUAAUGUGCCAUUUGAGCAGAGGUACCCUGUUGCUGCUGCAACCGUUGCUGUCGAGUGCAGAGAGAACAUAGCUCACGUGGAGGUCAAGAAAGACAUGUUUGGCAUCGGCCAGCCCAUCAAUCCAAAUGACCUCACCCUGGGUAACUGUCCUCCUGUUGGAGAGGAUACUGCCGCUCAAGUGUUGAUUUAUGAAGCUGAACUCCAUAUGUGUGGAAGCCAGCUAAUGAUGACAAAUGUUGCCCUCAUCUACACCUAUACUCUGAACUAUAACCCUUCACCUGUGGGCUAUUCUCCUGUUGUAAGAACCACCCAAGCUGCUGUAAUUGUGGAAUGCCACUACCCAAGGAAGCACAAUGUGAGCAGCCUUCCUCUUGAUCCCCUGUGGGUUCCAUUCUCUGCAGUAAAGAUGGCUGAAGAGUUCCUGUACUUCACUAUGAAACUUAUGACUGAUGACUGGAUGUAUGAGAGGCCAAGCUACCAGUAUUUCCUUGGAGAUCAUAUCCAUAUAGAGGUUACUGUCAAGCAAUACUUCCACGUACCCCUACGUGUUUUCAUGGACAGAUGUGUAGCCACACUCUCACCUGAUGCAGCCUCCAGCCCUUAUUAUGUUUUCAUUGAUAACAUUGGGUGUUUGAUUGAUGCCAAGAUCACAGGCUCUGACUCAAGGUUCAUGCCUCGCAGUGAAGAUAACAAGCUUCAGUUCCAGUUGGAGGCCUUCAGGUUCCAGGAUACGUCCAGUGGUCUGAUCUACAUUACCUGCCAUUUGAAGGCAACACAUAGUGCCAAUGUCAUAGACAGCCAGCACAGAGCAUGUUCCUACAUUGGUGGAUGGAAGGAGGCCAAUGGAGUUGAUGCAGCUUGUGCUUCUUGUGAGUCUGGCGAUGUUGCACCAUAUGUCCCUCCAGCAGUUACAUUUGGUGCCGUGCCUGCCACUCCUGGUGGUGGAGUAACGCUCCCAGCUCCUGGCUAUUCAAAAUUACCUUAUAAUCCUCCAAGGAAAGUUCGUGAUGUGGCCCAAUCUGAAACAGUUUUGGAAUGGGAAGGCGAUGUCACUCUGGGUCCCAUCCCCAUCAUGGAGACGAAGCUCUCAAAAACAGAAGUGUAACAUAAUUUUCUGCUGAAGCCAUGAACAUGAAAAUAUAGACAAUAUUACUGGUUCAUAUCUCUGUCUAUAUUAUGCUCUGGCCUCAUGUUAGCUGUUCUUAAACAAGAAACAAAAUCGCACUUAGUCUCUUAAAUCUACUUAAAAGUUUAAAAACUUCAACAACUUACUAAAAUUGUGAGACUGUGGAGGUCUUUUGAGAGAAAUAAAAGAAAUUCUCUUUGUAAUGGUGCGGAUGUGUGUGGACCCCAUGUGUCCAGCACUUAAUCUGUGACACUGCAAUCCAUUGAAAUAAA